CUGCGGGCAGCGGGCGGACUGUUAAACCGCGGCGGCGGCCGGGGCGGGAGCGGGGCGCGCUCUGGAGACGAGUCAGCGGCGCCCCGGGUGGGGGGAGGCGGGCGGGCAGCUAGAGAUCACCUCAGCAGCCCCCACCACGGCCGGACCGAAGGUGCGGCGGCGGAGGGGAGCCAGGGCGCCCCAGCAGGUUUCCAGUAAUUAUCUGCAGGAUUCGCCAUGACCCCAGCUCUGAGGGAGGCAGCAACAAAGGGUAUCUGCUUUUCAUCUUUACCAAGUACCAUGGAGUCUGACAAGAUGCUAUGCAUGGGAAGUCCAAGAACUGUAGAUGAAAAGCUCAAGGGAGACACUUUGUCUCAGAUGCUGGGAUUUCCAACUCCUGAACCUACUCUUAACACUAACUUUGUGAAUUUAAAACAUUUUGGCUCCUCUCAGUCUUCAAAACAUUAUCAGACAGUUCUUUUAAUGAGUUCUAAUUCUACAUUAAAUAAAUACAGUGAGAAGUACAAACAAAGGAAAUUAGGGGAACCCAAUUGUAAUAAGCUGAAAAACCUACUGUGUAAUGGCAGCAAUAUUCAGCUUAGUAAAAUCUGUCAUUCUCAUUCUGAAGAGUUCAUCAAAAAGGAACUUCUGUCAGAUACCACAAGCCAGUGCAUGACAGAUGUACAAAUUAUUUUGGAUUCAAAUAUAACCAAAGACACUAAUGUAGAUAAAGUACAACUGCAAAACUGCAAAUGGUACCAAAAGAGUGCACUUUUGGAUAAAGUUACUGAUGCUGAAAUUAAAAAGGGUUUAUUGCACUGUGCUCAAAAGAAAAUUGGGCCUGGCCACUCAAAUGUGCCUAUUAGUUUCUCAGCUGCUGAAAAAGAGGAGGAAGUGAAUGCUCGUUUACUUCAUUGUGUAAGCAAACAGAAAAUGUUACUUAGCCAGGCUAGAAGAACUCAGAAACAUUUACAGAUGCUUCUGGCAAAGCAUGUUGUUAAGCACUAUGGUCAACAAAUGAAAUUUUCUCUGAAACAUCAACUCCCUCAAAAGAAGAUCUUUCAUGAACCUACCACAGUUUUGGAUAGCAGUUUACCUAAAUGCACUGAAAUUAAGCCAGAAGUCAACAUGUUGACUGCAGAGAAUAAAUUGUGGAGUGAUACAAAAAAUGGCUUUGCACGGUGUACAGCUGCAGAAAUCCAAAGAUUUGCACUGUCUGCUACAGGGCUGUUGUCUCAUGUUGAAGAAGGUCUGGAUUCUGAUGCAACUGAUAGCAGCUCUGAUGAUGAUUUGGAUGAAUAUACCGUUAGAAAAAAUGUGGCAGUUGACUGUAGUACUGAAUGGAAGUGGCUUGUAGACAGAGCUAGAGUUGGCAGCAGAUGGACGUGGCUUCAAGCCCAGAUUUCAGAGCUCGAAUACAAAAUCCAACAACUAACGGAUGUUCACAGGCAGAUUCGUGCAUCCAAGGGGAUAGUGAUCCUAGAAGAAUGUCAACUUCCAAAAGACAUUUUGAAAAAACAAAUACAAUUUGCUGACCAAGCGGCUUCAUUAAAUACUACAGGGAAUCCCCAGAUUCCCCAAGAGAGUCAAGAUCCUUUACCAGAACAAGAUUUUGAAAUGUCACCAAGUAGCCCUACACUUCUUCUUCGCAACAUAGAAAAACAGAGUGCACAGUUGACUGAGAUCAUCAACAGUUUGAUUGCCCCUCUCAACUUGUCCCCAACUUCAUCACCCCUAUCCUCCAAAUCCUGUAGCCAUAAAUGUUUGGCUAAUGGCAUUUCCAGGAGUGCUUCAGAGAAUUUAGAUGAGCUCUCUUCCUCCAGUAGCUGGUUACUUAACCAGAAGCACAAUAAGAAAAGGAGAAAAGACAGGACAAGAUUGAAAUCUCCAUCCUUGGCUAUCAUGAGUACAGCUGCUCGAACAAGGCCACUUCAGAGUUUCCACAAACGAAAACUCUACCGAUUGAGCCCUACUUUUUAUUGGACACCGCAGACUUUGCCUUCAAAAGAAACAACGUUUUUAAAUACUACACAAAUGCCUUGCUUGCAAUCAGCUUCAACUUGGAGUAGCUGUGAACACGAUUCAAAAUCUCAGAUAUUAAGAGAACAUGUAUCAGAAUUGGACUCUUCUUUCCAUUCUGUCCUAUCAUUGCCAUCAGAUGUGCCUCUUCAUUUUCACUUUGAAACACUGUUUAAAAGGACUGAAAUAAAAGGAGAUCUUGCUGAAAAUAAAUUUAUAGGAGACUGUGUCAUAGCUCCAUCACCUGUACAUAAUACUUCUCUGAAUCAAUGGAGAAAUGGAUAUUCUCCUACAUGCAAGCCUCAAAUAAGGUCAGAAUCUUCUGCACAGCUGUUCCAGGGAAGAAAGAAAAGACACUUGAGUGAAACAGCAUUAGGAGAAAGAACUAGAUUUGAAGAAUUUGCUUUUCAACGCACAGAACCAGGAUCCCAUAGCAAUUUUACUGCUGUUACUAAUGUCAAUGUUAUAUCAAGAACCCAGAAUUCAUCAUCACAAAACACUGCACGACGGAGGCUGAGAAGCGAGAGCUCCUAUGACAUAGAUAACAUUGUGAUUCCCAUGUCAUUAGUGGCCCCGGCUAAGUUAGAGAAACUCCAAUAUAAGGAAAUACUUACUCCAAGCUGGAGGAUGGCUGUUCUUCAGCCUUUGGAUGAAUAUCAUGUAGGUGAAGAGGAGGUAGAAGAUCUUUCUGAUGAAGUCUUCUCCCUAAGACACAAAAAAUACGAAGAGAGAGAGCAAGCCAGAUGGUCACUAUGGGAGCAAAGCAAGUGGCAUAGAAGAAACAGCAGAGCCUACAGUAAGAAUGUUGAAGGACAGGACUUGCUUUUGAAAGAAUACCCUAAUGACUUCAGUGGUGGUCAGCACGGUGCUGCUGAAAGUCCUGCUGAGCUUCCUUCAGAGAGCCAGGAUCUGAGUGCACAGGGCUCACCUUCAUUAAAUGAAAGUCAAGAAACCAAGUCUUUGUGGUGGGAACGACGGGCUUUUCCGCUGAAGAAUGAAGACACAGAAGCCUUACUAUGCCAGGAUGAAAAAAAGGAUCACAGUGAAAGUUCGAGCCCAGCCUCCUGUGGUGAAAUCUUCUGUACCAGUGCACCAGAGAACAGUCACCAUCCGAAAAGGCAGGCAGACGAAAUGGAAGAGUACAAACCUUUUGGUCUAGGACUUACUCAUGUUAAAAAAAAUAGGUGACAGGGAACAGGUUAAGAAAAGUAAGUAAGUGAAUGGAAGACAGGAGAAAAAAAAUAAGCCCUGUUCUCCAUCCCCCACCCCCUUCAGUCACGAUUCCAGAGUAAGAGCAUGUACUGCAUGUGUUAAUCUUUUAUGCUGUUAUAAAACAAGCAAGGUAGGUCUCUUUUUCCUUCUUGAACCACAGGAAUAACUAGCUUUUCACCUACAGACAAGUGCUAGUCUUUUGUGUUUAUGAUGCAAAUCACAAGCACCAAAAAAUUAACUGCUGCAAUCUGAUGUUAAAUCACAUUACUGGGUAAAUGGUUUUUGAAAGACAUUAUACCCACACAUACAUAUAUAUACAAGUAUACCUGUGCAUCAAAUGACAGCUCUUUUUCCUAUACAUUUCUAUGUAAUUUCUAUGGUAAUUCCUUAAAGUUGCCUCAGAGGUAUAUUAGAAUAUACAAGCAUGUGUGUAUAGAGUAUACAUUCAUAUCCACACAUGUCGUUUUAAAAAACACUGGCAGUGGCCACUCCACUUGAAAAUGCAUGUAUGAGCUACGCCAUCAGGUGUAAGCCGCACUCCAAAACAAAGCACAGGCCCCAGUGAUAGUGGGUAUCUACAAGUCUUGAUGAUGGGGAGGGGAUUUUUUUUAAAAAACAUGUUUAACCAAUAGAAGUUAUUUAUGGAAAUUUCUAUACCAGGUAACACAAUACGCCUU